UAAUAAAUUUAUAUUUUAAAUAUGGGUAUAGAGCGGAGGAUUGGGACGACGCAGACGCAUGUUAGCAAGCGUCUCUUCGCGACUAUAGCGCUUUUUAUCGGCGUUAUUUGUAUAUUUGGAGGGUAUAUGCUGGGUCGCAUGGCGCAUCCGGAAGUCAAAAGACCCAACGACAUUAUCUCAUCAAAUUUAAGCAUCGCAGCAGAUAAUCUUUUUAAGAAAGUGAAACGUAUGUCGCCGAAAGCCGUCCACCACAAUGAUCCGGAAAAAAUACAGUCUAAACUUAUAAAUAUAUUCCACUGUGGAAUAGAGUGUGGGACUAUCAACAAAUAUAAUUUAGCUGACUAUAUUAAACAUUCGAUUAAUUACGAAGUAUCUAAAAUAAUUAGGUUAAUCAAUAAUGCAACUCUUUAUUUGGAAUCGUUGAGAUGAUAUUAAUUUAUUACGAUAAUAAU